AGAUGCUCCCGCCCCGACCAGCGCGCUCACGGGCCCCUUCUACUGUACUUCAUCCGGGGUCCUGGCUCCGGUGCCAGCCGCCGUUGCUUCCUUAUCGGAGGAGGGUCCAGACAGGUACAGGCACCUGAGGGAGGAUCGGCAAUGGCCGCGGAGGACGCUGAGUGGGUGCUGGAGAGCGUGCUGGGCUUCCUUAGCUGCCCCGUCUGGACUGAGCCGGUGGCCGACUUUAUAGAACAGAAAUGCACAGUUUUUGAUGAUGAAGAAGAGAACAAGUUGUCAUACACAGAGAUUCACAAUGAGUACAAGGAAAUGGUGGAAACGCUGAUUCAAGGCCAUCUGAAAGAAGUAGGGAUUAAUGAAGAGCAGUUUCAACAAGCGUGUUUAUCUCCUCUUGCUCAUUCUCCAGGAGUAAAGAGCAUGUUGCAGCCUGUGGUAGCUGUGGAAGAUUUUGCUAUCUUUAAAGAAAUGAUGCUACAGAAGAAUAUUGAACUGCAGUUACAAGCAAUUCAAAUAAUACAACAAAGAAAUGGUGUGCUUCCCGAAUGUCUGCAGAAUGGUACGGAUAUUAUGUCUGACCUUGAGCAACAGGAGAUGAAACUAAUAUCCGAAGCAUUGAGGAUAUCAAGAGAAGAAUAUGAACAGGAACAGCAGCGCAAAAAGGAAACAAGUGCAACUAAUUUAGGAGAGAAUUCCACUAAAACCUCAACAUAUGUUAAAAUGACAGCACAAGAGACAGAAGUAGCCAAGCCUGUUGAGGCCACAAAACAGUGCUUGAAAGCACAAGAGCUUCCAUAUAAGCCACCAACUGUUAGAGUUAAAGAACUUAGUAAUACAGAGGCUGCUGAGGCCUGGAUGGAGCAAGCAAGGAAAGAGGCUGGCAUACAAGGUUCUGUCACUAGCUUGACGCAAUCGGAGAAGGAACAGCUCAGAGAACGCGCAGAAUAUCUCAAACAGAGAAGAGCUGUUCUCUUAGCACAGAAGUUUGAUUCAAAGAAGGAAACACAAAGUUCGGAAGAAAGCGAAGAACAGGCAUCUUGUUCCAGACAGCAAAAGAUGACAGAAGAAGAAAUUAAGAAUUUACAGAAAAGGAAGCAGCUAGCCGAGAAGCUGAAAGAAGAAGUAAUUCAUAAGUGAGAAAUUGCCACUGCAUUGCGCCUUUUUCAUUUAACCAAUUGCCAAAGCUAACCACAUAUAUAUUUUUUUGUAUGCCUUUAAAUAAAUAUUUAGUCACCGCCUCUGGAAAAUAUUCAUCUUCGAAAGGAAUGAAGCAUGCAACCGAAGGUGGGCACAAAAACCUUUAAUCCCUAAAAAGGACUGUCACAAGACGUGUUUGUAUUUUUGUAAGCCACAGUUAAAUUAUAUACAUCGCACAAGCAAUAAAGCUACAGCAUCUUACCUUAGA